AUGUUAAAGCGGUUAGGGUUUUUAUGCUUAAAGCCACAUUCUUGUUUGGAAUAUCCAUUACGAGCAUCUUCUUCCGCAUUGGUGUCAUCAUUACUAAUUUCUCAAAGGUGCUACGGGGUGCAUCCUGGUACCGAUGUUACUGUCGAAGAAGCUUGGAAACAACGAAUAAAACUUCGACAACCAAAGCUUCAGCGUGAUGAGCAGGUACGACCGAAGUUAUAUUAUGCACCUGAGUGGGAUUUGGAGAAACGACAUGAUGGUGUAGAAGGUGAAGCACAUCCAAUGAUUGGCCAAGAUGUAAUGACUCCUGAAAAAUGGAACUACUAUAACAAGAUUGUUUGGCCACCAAAUUAUGUCAGUCCUGAGACCGGUUUGCCACUUUUGCGACAAGUUUAUCACUGCCGUGAAUCGAUACACUGUAGUCCGAAAAGAAUGUUUAUGGCUUGUGAGUUGAUUUGGCGUUUGAAUGUUGACGAAGCAGUAGAACAACUAAGAUUGCAACGUAAAAAGGCUUGUAUGAUUUUAAGACAAGUUCUUAUUGACGCGAAAAAGAAAGCAUCUACAGAGCUUCACGUUGAAUUCCCAUCGGAUAUGCAUGUUGCGGAAGCAUUCCCAAUUCAGUGUCAGAUCGUUAAAGGUUAUAGACGCCAUGCACGUGAACGUAUUACCAUCACGAGAUACCGAUACAUUAAUAUUUUCGUAAGACUUGAGGAAGGUAAUGGACCACCAAUGAAAAACAGAUGGGAGCCGAAGAAUGGUUGGGAUAAAAUGAAGGAUUAUUACAAAUAUUUGAGACAACGUUCUAUCGAAUAUAGUAUUUAA